AUGUUUCCAGUUGUUGCAUUCUCGCCAGGUGCUGCAAAGCGUAGCAGGCUGCUACAGGCGGGAGAUGAACAGUCCACAACGCCCCAGGUCCCUCGAGCCCAAGAGAUGGACAUGGACCCAGCAACGCGCCGGCGCAAAGUCCCCUCGGUCAGAGGAUGGGCCGACUUGUAUGACCACAUGACGACGCAGGAUCAAGCGUGGGUUCUCCUCGGUGAAUGCUCCGACUCGGCCCCAGUCAUACAGCGCUUCCUGUCCACUCGACAGACAACGAUCUACGCCCUCCAUCAAGACGUUGACAACCUCUCGGGACUUCUUCAACGAAACCGCGAGCAGGGCCUUGUCCUUCAGAAGUCCCUGGUGAUCCGGAUUCUUGACGCCGCCACAGAGCUGCGCUGGUGCUCAGCGCGGCUGACCCUUACUCUCUUAGCCGACGCCCAGGUUGUUGGCAAGUACGAGAGGGACCCGGCGCACAUGAUGGGGAUACUGCGAAAAGAGAGAAAAGAGAAACACCUGUCUAGGUUUCUCGUCCGGGCUACACAGACGCUCUGCGCCUGCUUCAUCGCUGUGCUUGACACCUACGACGCCGUGGACCAGUGUUUUGUCGAUUCAACUCUGUACAGUGCCAUUCCGUUUCAUAGCUGCGCUCUCAGCAUCAGGGCUGCCGUUUCACUAGGAACAGACGGGACGCAAGGACCUGCAACCAAGAGUACAAGUCAGACGCUUGGCGAAGUCUACACACUGCAGUCCGUAACCAAAGUAAAGUGUGUCUCGGAGAAGCUCUGUCAUGCUAUUGCAUAUAUCGAGGACGCCUUGAGUGGAAUGUGA